AUGUUAGCAAUAAAAAUGGCAAUUGAGGACAUUAAUCAUAAUUUCAACAAUCAUCGCAUAAAAAUAUACACAGACUCCUAUUCAUCAGUACAAACUAUCAGGAAUAGAAACUUGAAUCCUACAGCCGAAAAAAUUAGAGAAAUAAUCUCGUCCUCCACGAACAGAUUUGAAAUUGAAUGGGUACGAGCUCACAAUGGUGAGACGGGAAACGAGAGGGCAGACUUCCUGGCAAAGGAAGCUGCCGUUGACGAUUCUCUGCCCAUAACGUACGACAAGAUAAGCAAAAAUACACUACGAAAUAUCCUUCGAAAGGAUACCAUUAACAAAUGGCAGAACAUGUGGAAUCAGCAUAUCGGACACAUCACAUACGAUUUCAUUCCGAAUCUAAAGGAUUUUCAACAGAAAAAAUGGUACCACCCCAACCACACCUGCUCGCAGGUACUGACGGGACAUGGCAGGUUUGCUUCGUACCUUCAUAAAUUCAAGCACUGUACAUCCAAGAUAUGCCCAACCUGUAAUAUAGAGGAAGAUGGACCUAGGCAUUACCUCUUCCGCUGCCCUACAUUUGAACGUGAAAGGCUCGAAUUAAAAGUAAUGAUUCAGGAACAGGGAAUUAAUUGGCCCUGUAAGCCAUUAGAUAUAUGGGCUUCUAAAAACACAUACAUGGCUUUUGACAGACUGUGCAGCCAAAUUAAUAUCAUAAAUCGCAAUCAAACUUUUACUUGA